AGGAGAGUGCUUGGCAAAAGCACAUUAAGAUAAGACAAAACUCUGCGACGUCGUCUUGCACCCAAUAGAUUAUGGGUCAAUUGGGGAAAAUUGACCUAUUUUCUUCUUCGGUCACAGCAGGAAGAAGAAAGAGCAAAGGACAACAAUGGAGCAUUUCGGGGGAGGGAACUGGACAAUGAUCCCCAACAUACAGUCCCACAGUAACCCCACUACACCCUCCAAUCAGGACCAUCUAUACCUCCAACAACAACAGCAAUCGCAGUUCAAUCAACCGCAAUUCCAACCACAUUUCAAUCAGCAGCAGCAACAACGUUUUCCUCAACAACAAACACCGCAACAGCAACCACAGCAGUCACUUGCCUCUCACUUCGACCUCCAGCAUUUGGUGGAAAAUUUGGCGGACGUUGUUGAGAAUGGGACGCGGGAUCAGCAAACUGAUGCAUUGGUAACCGAGUUGAACAACCAAUUUGAGAAGUGCCAGCAGCUGUUGAACUCGAUUUCAGGGACAAUUAAGGCAAAAUCGACGACAGUGGAGGAGCAAAAGCACAAACUGAUGGACACUGAGAACUUACUGAAACAAAGAAGGGAUCUUGUUUCAAGUUACAGAGAUUCAGUAGAAGAGCUUAUCAAUUCCGAAAUCUGAAGUGUUCAUUUCAUCCCUUACUGAGGAAGGAUAUUUUGUCGUAGUUGCUCUCUUGAAGUGUGGUGCAUUACACCAUCAGACCCUCCACCAGGAAACUUAUGAUAUUAUUACCUGGUUUUAGGGAUAUUUGGUCAUAAAUUUUAUUCUGCACCAUAUGUUGUGAAAAAAUAAAUAAAAUAAAAUAAUUGUGGACUUGAUUGUUUCAUGCUCCACCAAUCCACAUGCCGCCAUGAUAAAAUGCUUUCCAUUUUGACAUGGGGUUUUGGGACGUUACCUAGUUAAUUUGUUGAAAUUUCAAGAAUUCCUUCUUUA